UUCUGUCCCACCAGCCGGCUCCUACUGGUCUUAAUGGUGUUCAGCGGUGUGCUCAUCCUCUCGGUCAGCAUCCUGGGCUUUCAAGAUGUUCAGUUCAGCAGGAGUCUCCAGGGAACUGAGACAGGCGUGCAGAAUAUUACUCAGACGAUCAAGGAGGAGCUCACCAGCCUCAAAGCCAAAAGGAACAGCACUGCGGGGAGACUGGAGAAGCUGAAGAAAACAUUGGAAGAGGAGGUCGAUAGGAUGUUGCACGUGCUUCAUAUGACCCAGACUCAGAUGGUCAUGCUAGAACAGAAUUCCAGGGCUUUGCACUGUGAAAUUGUCGAACUGAAGAGCAACGGGAGCAUGAGUGGGUGCUGCCCCCGAGGGUGGCUGACCUUCCACACCAGUUGCUACUGGACCACCCAGUCCAGAGACACCUGGGAAGCGGCCAAAAAAGACUGCGAAGAGAAGAAAGCUCACCUGGUCAUCCUCAACUCGGCCGACGAGAAGGUAAGCAGGCUGGCGGCCAGGGAUGGGGAUCCAGAUUUCUUAACAACCGGGUUCU